AUGCCGGCGACGGGGUCGUCGUCGUCGACGCCGGCGAGGGAUCGGAAUGAGCCAUCGCCGUCGGGCCAGAGGAGGUACAGGGGCGUGUGGCGGCGCAGGCUGGGGAGGUGGGUGUCGGAGAUCCGCGUGCCCAACAGCCGCGACCGGAUAUGGCUCGGAUCCUUCGACACCCCGGAGAAGGCGGCGCGCGCGUUCGACGCGGCGCUCGUCUGCCUCCGCGGCCCCGGCGCCGUGCACGGGCUGAACUUCCCGGGCUCGCCGCCGGACGUCGGCCGCCGGACCAGCGACUCGCGGGAGGUGUGCGCCGCCGCAGUGUGGCAUGCCAACCACGCCACCACCCCGGCCAAUGACGACGGCGCGCCAAUGGAACGCGUUGCCGCUGCGUCCCAUCAUGCCAGCCAAGCAGCCGGCGCCGCUGCUGCGCCGGAGCACGACCGCGGCGGCGUGCCAGUGGAAAGUGUGGCCGCGCCGGCCCCGCUGCAGCUGUCCGCGCAGAGGCUCGACUGGUCGCAGCUGGUAGCCAACCCGCCGCCGCUCUACUCGCCGACCGUGACAGGAAGCCAUACGUACCUGCCGAUCUCGUCGACGGCGGCGCCACCAGACGACUUGGACGAGAACGAUGACCGUCCAUGCCCUGGCCUUUGGAGUUUUGAUUCUGGUGGCUCCUGCUCUCGUCACUGA